ACCCCGGGAGGCAGAGGUUGCAGUGAGCCAAGAUCGUGCCACUGCACUCCAGCCUGGGCAACAAGAACGGAACUCUAUCUCAAAAAAGAAAGAAAGAAACUUCAGCUCGCACUUCAAGUUCAGUUGUACUCUGUUAUUGUCAAGUAAAGUCUAUUGAAGCCCAGUCAUCUCCUGUAUGUUUUGUGACUUCUCAUAAUUAUCUGAUCAAGAGUCUUGAAGAAACAUUUACAAUCUGAUGGGCAAUAAAAUAAUUUGAAACCAAGAGCAUCAUUCCUGUAAUGGCUGCUUCCUGGAAGGUCGUGUCACGUGGAACCUCUUAAUCUCAGCAUCCAGAGCUCCACGAAGGGAAAAUUUCAAGUCAGAUAGAAUUCUAUAUAUACCAUUUCUUUGGAACCUUCAGCCCUCAAGAUUCCAACAUCAUGACCUCAGUUUCAACACAGUUGUCCUUAGUCCUCAUGUCACUGCUUUUGGUGCUGCCUGUUGUGGAAGCAGUAGAAGCCGGUGAUGCAAUUGCCCUUUUGUUAGGUGUGGUUCUUAGCAUUAUAGGCAUUUGUGCCUGCUUGGGGGUAUAUGCACGAAAAAGAAAUGGACGAAUGUGAUUUUGAAAGGCCUACUGAGUCAAACCUUACCUUGAAAACCUUUGUGCUAUAGAGGCUAAACCUGAGCUCUGGUGUGUGAAAGGUUCCAAGAAUCAGUAAAUAAGGGAGUUUCACAUUUUUCAUUGUUUCCAUGAAAUGGGAACAAACAUACAUUUUUAAAUUGAAAAAAAAUGUUUUCUUUAUAACAAAUAAUGCAAAGAAAAAUGCAGCCUAUAAUUUGCUAGUUAGAAAGGAGGUCAAAGAAGUAAAAUGGCUGAAAUUUACAUAAGUAAUAUUUCAUAAUCUUAGAAUUCUCUCAAAGCAUGUGAAAUAGGAAGAAGUUCUUGCCCAGAAUCUUAGGAAAUCACCACUGUUCGGUUAUAAUCACUGCCUCCUGAAUCGUUGAGGAA